AUGACAAGAUUUGAAAACGUUAAGAGUCCAAGACGCCAAGAAUUGCAGACGACAAAGUCGCACCACAAUAAGAUUCGCGAAAGACAAAUGAUCACAAACGCAAAAGUCACAGACGAUAAAAAUUACAGACGACAAAAGUCACAAACUGCAAAAGCGACAAAAGUCAUAGACGACAAAAGUUACAGACGACAAAAGUCACAGACGACAAUAGUCGCAGAUGACAAGAGUCCAAGACGACAAAAAUCGCAGAAGAUAAGAGUCGCAGAUGAAAAGAGUUGCAGUCGACAAAAGCCGCAAACGACAAAAGUCGCAAAUGAAAAGACGAAGGACGACAGCAAUCCAAGAAAAGGAAUCACAGAAGAUAAAAGUCGCAGUCGACAAAAGUCACAAAAGAAAAAAGCGACAAAAGUCAUAGACGACAAAAGUUCCUUACGACAAAAGUCACAGACGACAAUAGUCGCAGAUGACAAGAGUCCAAGACGACAAGAAUCGCAGAAGAUAAGAAUCGCAGAUGAAAAGAGUCGCAGUCGACAAAAGCCGCAAACGACAAAAGUCGCAAAUGAAAAGACGACGGACGACAGCAAUCCAAGAAAAGGAAUCACAGAAGAUAAGAUUCGCAGUCAACAAAAGUCACAAAAGAAAAAAGUCGGAGAUAAUUAG